AUGUGGCCCCUGGCCGCAGCGAUCGCCUCCUUGACCGUGGCCUUGACAGGCGGGCCUCGCGUCCUCACCCUGAGCGCCUCCUGGUACCGCGCCCUGGACUCGGAGCUCUGCGUGCGCCAGCUUGUGGAGCCCUCAGCAGCCCGAGGUGGCAUCUCUCAGGGAUACCCCAAGAUUCUGAAUGGCACCAACGGGACCAGCGGAUUUCUCCCAGGCGGUUACACCUGCCUGCCCCACUCCCAGCCCUGGCAGGUGGCCCUACUAGUGAGAGGGCGGCUGCUCUGUGGGGGCGUCCUAGUCCACCCCAAAUGGGUCCUCACUGCGGCACAUUGUCUGAAGGACGGGUACAAAGUUUACCUGGGCAAGCACGCCCUGGGGCGUGUGGAGGCCGGUGAGCAGGUGAGUGAGGUAGUCCGCUCUAUCCCCCACCCUGAAUACCAGAGCAGCCCCACCCACCUCAACCAUGACCAUGACAUCAUGCUUCUGGAGCUCCAGUCCCCAGUGCAGCUCACACGUCACAUCCGCGUCCUGCCUCUCUCCCACAACAACUGCCUGCCCCCUGGAACCUGCUGCCGGGUGUCUGGUUGGGGCACUACCACCAGUCCCCAGGUGAAUUACCCCAAGACCUUGCAGUGUGCCAACAUCCAGCUGCGUUCAGAUGAGGAGUGCCGGGAGGUCUAUCCCGGGAGGAUCACUAGCAACAUGCUGUGUGCAGGCACGAAAGAGGGUGGCAAGGAUUCCUGUGAGGGUGACUCCGGAGGCCCCCUGGUCUGCAACGGUACCCUCCAUGGCAUCAUCUCCUGGGGAGACUUCCCCUGUGGGCAGCCCAACCGACCUGGUGUCUACACGAGAGUUUCUCAGUAUAUCACGUGGAUCCGGGAGACAAUCAGGAAACACAAAACGGAGGAACGCAAAGGGAUGAAGGACUCGUAA